GACUCCGUCCAGGAAGUAUUUUUGGCUGAGAUGACGCAUUUAUUUUUGAAAGAUUUGGACCGGAAGUCGUAUUGUUGGUUGUUGCUGCCGAGCGGAACACAAACCAGAGGAGGGUAAAAGAGGAUGUAAACAUAAGACGAUGUUUGUAUGUUUGUAUUAACAAAAGGAGGCUGGCUGGGACCAUUUAUUUUAAAUGUCUGUCUGAUGUGCGAUUGUCAGAGAUGAGCGUCACUUUGGAUAUAAGACUGAAAAGAGCGAACAAAGUUUACCAUGAAGGGGAAGUGCUGGCCGGUGUCAUCCUGCUGGUGUGUAAGGAGGCGAUGCAGCACCAUGGCAUCUCUCUGAGCAUGGAGGGGCUGGUGAACCUGCAGCUCAGCUCCAAGAGCGUCGGCGUCUUCGAGGCUUUCUACAACUCUGUCAAGCCCAUCCAGCUGAUCAGCAGUAACAUCGAGGUGGCCAAGGCAGGAAAGAUCCCAGGAGGCAAGACUGAAAUCCCCUUUGAGUUCCCUCUGAACACGAAAGGCAACAAAGUGCUGUACGAAACCUACCACGGCGUCUUCGUCAACAUUCAGUACACCCUCCGCUGUGACAUGAAGCGCUCUCUGCUGGCCAAAGACCUGAGCAGGAACUGUGAGUUCAUCGUGCACUGUCAGCCCCAGAAAGCUAAAGUUGUCCCCACUCCGGUUAAGUUCACCAUCACUCCAGAUACGCUGCAGAACACCCGUGAGAGGAGUUUACUGCCAAAGUUUCUGGUCCGAGGCCAUUUAGACGCCACCAACUGUGUGAUCAGCCAGCCGCUGACCGGAGAGGUGGUGGUGGAGAACUCUGACGUCCCCAUCAAGAGUAUUGAACUGCAGCUCGUGCGAGUAGAGACCUGCGGUUGUGCUGAGGGUUACGCCAGAGAUGCCACGGAGAUCCAGAACAUCCAGAUAGCUGAAGGCGAUGUCUGCCACGGCCUCCCUAUUCCCAUCUACAUGGUGUUCCCCAGGCUGUUCACCUGCCCCACACUGGAGACCACCAACUUCAAAGUCGAGUUUGAAGUCAACGUUGUCCUCGUGCUUCAUGAUGAUCACCUCAUCACGGAGAACUUCCCUCUGAAGCUGUGCAGAAUCUGAAACCCUGAAGUCACAUCAGCACUGGAUGCUCCCAACAACACAAGGACUUUCUGUAUAAUGCAACAGUUCCUCUAAUAAUGCUUGUUAUCUGACUUUAUAAAUAAACCUGAUUUUCUGUCAAUAAUAUACGUGAA